UUGAAAUGUCCAACAGGAACCCUUUUGUUCAUCAGAUCUCUGUUCAAACUCCAGCUAUCUUGAGCGUCGCUUUUGUCUUCUUCUUUUCUUUCCUUUCACAAGUCAAGAGGAGAGCCGCCGGCUCCCACAUUUUGAGUGCGCCACUGGCUUGUUUGCACAUCUCACCAUGGAUCAGGAAGAUUCAGAUAUCGGAGUAGUCUGGGAAGAAGCCCUUGACAAAUACUGUAAAGAUACCGGAACAAACAUCAAAUACUUACCACAGAUGAAAUGGGAUAUCGCAACCAUCAAAGCAGAGCAGGAGCGACAAGUUGAUUCGUUCAAUAAAUAUCGCCAUAAUAAAGGAUUGACGGAUAGAUUUCGGUCGGCGAUAAGUAGGAAUUCAGAUGUGAUUCAGUCGAUUGCGGAGAAUGUUGCGACUGCUGCGAGUACGGUAGGUUGAUUGAUCGAGUUGGGUGUUUGGUGAGAUGGGAGAGUUGUGGGUCUGAUUGUUGGGGAUGUUUAGGCGUUUCCGCCGAGUGCGACGAUUUUGACGGCGUUUACUUAUGUUAUGAAGGCAUCGAAAAAUGUAUCCGAAGAUUAUGACCAGAUUGCAGCAUUCUUCGAUAUCAUGAGCUCCAUGCUUGAGCGACUGUCCUUGCUGGAAUCGAAGCUACCGAGUGCCAAGAAUUACAGAACUAUCUUGAUGCGAGUAUUCAGUUCUUUGAUGGGACUCUGCGGUACAGCGACGAAAUAUGUUACCGAGGGGAGAUUCAAACACUGGCUCAAAGCCCUCUACAAGGGAGCUGACGGCGACAUCAAAGGCGACUACACCACACUAGAAACCAACAUCCAACGCCUCGAAUCAGCAACCAUGUUCGCCACCCUCGCAACCGUAAUGGAGACCAAAACAGAUGUCAAAGACCUCACCAUCAUCUCCAUGCAGAGUCUCCAAAUAGGGACUCGCUCCCUCGAAGUUGGUAUCGAGACCCAAAGCAUGGUGCAAAACGUUUCAAUAGCACAGGGCGAAUCCCUUGAUAUUCUGAAGAAGAUGCAACGGAUUCUGAGGAAAGAGGAGCUUAAGAAGCAGAAUGAGAUGGUGCGGGGGGCAAACCUGACGCUGGAUCCAGGAGCGAAGAAAACUGCUGCAUUGAGUUUGAUUAAAACGGCUUUUGCUGUUCCAGGUGAACCGGCAGUAAUGUUGCAGGAGGUGCAGAAGACGUUUGUGGAAGGGACUUUUUCGUGGAUCCGAGAGGAGACUUCGUACCAGAUGUUUCUGGAGGGCGAUUCGCCGUUCUUGUGGAUUCAUGGACCUCCUGGGAUUGGCAAGUCGCAUGCGGCAUAUUCGAUUAUUGGCAAUCUACUGGAAUUCACAAAAGAUGACCCGCGGACCUCAGUGGCGUACUAUCUUUUCAAAGAGGAUAAUGACUUUUAUCGAGAGGCGAAGAAUAUGUUGAGGACGGUGGUGAUACAGACUGCGAUGAAUGAUGUGAAAUACCGCGACGAGGUGGCGGCGGAGGUGAAGCGGAUGGAUAUGUUUCAUUAUGAGAACUUGGAAAACUAUGAGCUCUGGAGACCUUUCUUCGCGGAAAGAUAUCCGAAGGAUGCAGAUCAGAGAUUGUUCUUGGUCCUGGACGGGUUGGAUGAGAUGAGUUCUGAAGACUGCGAGGGUCUCCUUGGACUUUUCACUUCCAUUAGAGUCGAAGAGCUGGCGAUUCAGAUCGUGUUUACGAGUCGGAAAACGACUGCUAUCUUGAGUGCUUUGGAGCCGCUGCGACCCAGCGAGAUUGAAAUUAGGACUUCGAAAAUUUGUGAAUCAGGUGGGGAUUUGUGGAAAGUGAUUAUCGAGAAUUGCAAGAGGUUUCCGAAGUUGGAGCGGUUGCGGAAGCGGAUGGUGAAGACGAUUGCAACGGAAUUACUGAUGAAAGCGGACACGUUCCUUUAUAUUGACCACGUCCUCCCGAGAUUGGAUCAACUUGGGAGGGAAACCUUGAUUGUAAAGGAAUUGUCGAGAAUCCCCAUCGGUUUGAUGAACAUGUACGACAGCUUGCUCCAUGACUGCCAGAGUUAUCGUAGCGCUGAGCAAUUCACUGCUUUGAAAACGCUGUUUGCAUUUGCCUCGUACAGCAUGAAACCCCUGACUCUGGGUGAGGCGCUGGCUAUGUUGGCGCUCAUCCCGGGAGGAACAUCCGUAAGCUUGGAAGAAGAAAUCGAUACGCGGUGUUCUAGGAUUUUAGAAGUUGGGAUUUACGAUGGGGAACCUAAAUGGGACGAACUUGAAUUUGAUUCCAGUGACGAUUCCGCGAGCAGUAGUAGCGAGUCCGACGAGGAGAUGUUGUACGAAGAACCGCUGAAAUACGACAGCUGGAUCAUGUCGCCACUGAAAUUUCAGGAUCGUGUCAUGCGAGAGUAUUUCCGCAGUGCGGAGGCUGAGGGAAUGGAUCUGCGAAGCACGCCCUCAUCUGCACAUUUGAAAAUAUUUGAGACUGCUGUUCGCUCUCUACUUGUCACUCAGGAAGAGUUUGAUGAUGCUGCGGCAGGCGUGCAUAUCUGGAAUUUUCAGCAUUACUCAGUCAACUUCUGGCUGCAACACUUUUUGGCCAUUGAUGUCGAGAAGGCAUCAGAUAGCGACGUGAAAGUCGUCAUCGAGUCUCUGCACAGCCUCAUGGAUUGUAAGAGGAAAGCUUUGAGGGCACUGGAGGUACGGAUGUCAGUAAUGCCGGAUACCAACAUUUUUGGAGAACAUGGCUUCAAUCUCCAGAAGGAAUUCUUCGCACGGUUUGCCUUAUGGAUCAGGAAAGCAGCGGGAAGUCUGCCGAAAGAGUACAGUGACGAGAUCAUAGAGUGGAUGCAACUUUGUAGCGACGAGGACGACUUUUUGAUGUGGCUAGUCAAACAGCAUAUACAGAACUGGUUCGUUGCCAAGGAUUACGGUGCAAUUCAACAAGGAGCCAACUUUGCCAUCAGCUCAUUCCGCUUGACAGCAAAAGCGGAAGAAGUGUUCGACGAGGGCACCAGGAGCGGAGAAGAGAUCACCAUCAUCGCCAAUCUCUUCCCUGAGUUACAGAAGACAGCAAAUGCUUUACUGAUGAUUGGACGAGCCUAUCUCAAUGUCGGCGAUUACGAGAAUGCUCUCGAGAACCUGGAAGAGAGUUUGAUAACGGCAGAAUCGGACAUCGAACGAUAUGAUGCUUUGUAUCAGAUCGCCAACUCGUACUUCAUUCUCCUCAGUCCUUAUGCAGAUGAGGAGAGUGCAGAAGACAACUUGAGGAAGUGUUACGAGGCAAUCGACAACUGUCUUGCGUUGUACCACGGGAAAGAGGAAGUAAAAAAAUACAGCGAAAGCAUCGACGAUGAGUGGCAAUAUCAAUGGUUGGUUACCACUCGUGCACGUUGUGAGGUCAAGAUGGGAAAUGUGGAAGCAGCUGUCGUAACCAUGUUGAAAGUGGAGGCUGCCAACGAGUUCGCAAUCUGGACUGAGAUCCUGGACGAGAUCAUCGAACAUUUUGAGAAGAAAGGAGAGUGGAAGAGGAUCAUCGAAUUAGUCAGGAAGGUCCAUGUGACAGAGCUGCGAGGGUGGCUAGACUACAAUGGACUAGAUCCCAAUCGCAGAAUCCAACGAGCUGCUUGGGAAUGCAACGACAAAGAUUUUCUGAUCGGAACAUACGACAAGAUUCUGUCAGCCCCAUACUACAAGCUGUACGGCGAACGGAGGUUCAUUCAGAGCAGUCUUGCCCAGGUCCAUAGAUCUGUCUUUCCAGACUUUGAAGAAUCGAAGAGACUGUGGCGCGAAAUGUUCGCUGAGUACUUUCGCAAGUACAAGCAUAAUUGGGAUACUGUAACCCUUUAUGACUGUCGACUUCAGCUAGCCGAUGUUCUGACAUUGCAGUUCCGAUCGACCAAUCAGGGGACUGAGAAGAUUGCGCUCUAUGGGGAGAUGAAGGAAUUGGCAUUGGAGCACCAGCUUGCUAUGAUCGAGGAUUUCAAUCCAUAUCAAUCACAAACCUCCAUAUCGCUGGCGGUCAUGAUGCGCGUAAUGGCAUCAUCUCAAGACUUCCAAACCCAUAUGGAGAAGACGUUCCAAAGCUGCAUCGAGGCUCUAACGGAUGAGACGACCGAGAAUGACAGCAUGGGGUUCCGUCAGCUAGCCAAAACGCUGGCACUUGUCCCUGGGUUGACUAGAGAAACUAGAAUUGCAUAUACUCUUCAGUUCUUGGAGGUUUCAGACUACGAUGCUCCUUGGAGAGACGAAAAUGAUGGUGACGCCACGAACGACUCUGGCGGCGAGAAAGAGAACCCAGGGUCUCGUUCGGCUGUGGGGUCCAUUGGCUUUAGUAAUGUCGACAACCGUUCUAUUGGACUCCCUAUUCGUUGCGGUGGAUGUUCCACAGACUACUACAGCUGGAACGCUGGAUCACUUUACUUCUGCAUCAUGUGCACUGACUGUCAUCUCUGCGAGAGCUGUUGGAAACAGAGAACGAGUUGCAAGGAUGCUGACUGGAAGAGUUGGAGACUGUUUUGUGGAGAAGAUCACAAGUAUAUUAGAGGCCCGAUUGAGAAUUGGCUGGGUUUUGAGAAGGGCGUGAUGAAAUUUGUGGACUGGGAUAAUGGUAGCGUUAGAGAUGGUGGCGAGGUGGAAAGCAAGAAAAGCAGAAAGAUCGUGCAAAUCACGUUUGAAGAUUGGCUGAAAGAAGUCCAGUCGAAAUGGGUCAAUGCUUGGAAGGAAUUUUGGACAACAGAUAGCUUUGUGGUGGACGCGUUCUGAUGGUGAUCAGAACUCUCAUCUUUUCAUGGAAUGUAGGAAAAUAUGAUAUGAACAAAUUAGGCUCUUGUCUAUACUACACAAAACACGACGAAAG